ACCCAUUUCCGGUUCUGUCUAGACGUGCAUGUUACGUGACUUCCGUUGCAAACUGUUUCCGGGACAAUAGUUUUGAUUUAAUUGUUGGUGCAAUCCAGUGGUGUGUAAUUUCAUAAUUAGGUAAAAAAUCACUACCGUUUUAGUGGAGUGUUUGUUUUACCAUUGGAUGUGUGAUUUUGUGUUGUGGUGUCUACUGUGUGAAAUCAGUGAUUAAACUACGUAUAUUAUCUGUUUUGAACUAUUUAACUAUAUUAGUUUCGAAAUAAACAACAUGGUGAUAGGGUAUAGUGAUUUGUAGUCGCUUACCAGCUCGUGAAAGACACAUUUUGUAACAUCUCAGCUACAUUUUGAAAGACUUGUAAAAUGUCUUUUCAACUUUCAAGAGCCUGCAGGUGAACAUGAGUGCCGUGUUGUUCUUGUUGUUGUUGCUCUUUGAACACUCAAGUGCUCGGAUCUGCCAGAGCAUCAAUGUGCGCAACAAUGUUGCCAACCUGGGCAAGUUGUCCAACUGCACCGUGGUGGAAGGAUACGUGCAGAUCGUGCUGAUGGAGAAGGCCACCGAGCAGGACUUUGAGCUCUGGAGUUUCCCGGAGUUACGGGAGAUUACCCAGUACCUCCUGUUCUACAGAGUCAAGGGUCUGAGGAAUCUGGGGAAGCUGUUCCCCAACCUGGUGAGGAUCGGCGGCUCCAGUCUCUUCAUCGACUACGGCCUCGUCAUCCACGAGAUGUUCAGCCUGCAGGAGGUCGGACUGGCAAGUCUGCGGGAGAUAUCCAGAGGCUCUGUGAUCGUCACGAAGAAUCCGACAUUGUGCUACGUCAACACUGUCAGCUGGGAGACGAUAGCUAGGUGGGAUCCAGUCAAGAACUAUGUGGCGAAGAACAAGAACUCCGCAGAUUGUCCAGGCUGCCAGGCAGAUUGUCCCCAGGGGCUGUGCUGGAGUAGAACUGAGUGUCAGGUACAGCCAGAGUCCUCACACUGUCACCCUCUAUGUGUAGGAGGAUGUUCUGGCCCAGGACCUAGGAACUGUCACUCCUGUGGUAGAGUCCUCACUUCUGAUGGUGAAUGUGUCCAGAACUGCCCUCUAGGAACAUAUCAGUAUCUGAACCGACGAUGCAUCAGGAGGGAGGAGUGUACAGCAAUUGACUUGCCAAAAGGAUCAAGUAGCGAGGCACUGAGGUCCUUCUCAACACAAGUCUCCAAGUACAUCGUGUUCAACGGCACCUGCACAGAUAACUGCCCUCCUGGCUACGAGUUUGAUGCUGCUGGCACAACCUGUGUGCCGUGCAAGGGAGGCAAGUGCCACAAGUGGUGCCACGGACAGUCCAUUGAGAACAUCGGAGACGCUGAGAUGCUACGAGGCUGCACUCACAUCCAGGGAUCCCUGGAGAUCAGCAUCAGAACUGGCAAACCCAAGAUUGUCUUUAAGGAGUUGGAAGACAACUUGGGGUCCAUCGAGGAAAUAGAAAACUACCUGAAAAUUGUGAGGAGUUUCCCUAUAGUGAAUUUGAAGUUUUUGAAGAAUUUAACUGUUAUUCAUGGGAAAUCAAGUGAUGCUGGGUUUGGGGACAAUUACUCUCUCUUGGUACUCGAAAAUCCGAACCUACAAGAACUGUGGGAUUGGGAUAGUAAGCGUGGGUUUAAAAUCAUGAACGGUAAAGUGUUUUUUCACUACAAUCCUAAGCUUUGCCUUCAGCACAUUCAUAGGCUGUUGACUGUGAUCCACCAUGACACGAAUGUCAGCAAUUUGGAGGUCGGAAAAGACUCAAAUGGGGAUAAGUUCCCUUGCAAUGCGACUGAAAUAGAUUUAAGUGUAACGUUUAAGUCUAGUUGUUUAAUACAGAUUAAUGUACCUUAUUUGAAACUUAACUACGGCAUGACUAUCCUUCGUUAUGUCGUUUACUUUACCAAAGCCUCGCAUCAAAAUAUCACAAUGUUUGAUGAUCUCGAUCAGUGUUCUGACUACGGUUGGAGGACCAAAGAUGUUGCUAUUGAUCCUUCCGACCGUUACGACGAGAAAGGAUUUCAUGUCAAUCUCACUGAUCUUGAACCUUUUACUCAAUAUGCUUUUUAUGUAACUACUUACACUAUAGACCGCUAUGGUGCUAAAAGCUCAAUGUAUUAUGAAAAAACACUGCCGGCCAAACCGUCAGAAAUGAAAAGUUUUGUUGUAUCCUCAAAUAAAAGCUCAGAAAUCACAUUGAAAUGGGAACCUCCGAAACAUAUUAAUGGAAAACUAGAAAAAUUUGUUAUAACUUGGAUGCGCCUACAUUAUGAUGAAUCCCAAAUCAAACUUCGCAAUUAUUGUGAAAACCCUUUGGAUUACACUAGUGAGAUUGAAACACAUAACCAAGCUGUAACAGAUGUUAACAACAAAGAAGACAGCUGCUGCCCUGCAAGUCAAAAUAAGCAACUACUUUUACCCAAAGAUGGGUUUGAAAAACUUUGCUCAAACUUUGAUCACUGCCCACUUGAAAAAGACUUCUCUAUACAUUCUUGUGAAUCGUGUUUUUAUUCACUUGUCUACAAAGAUCCCUUACUGCAUACUGCUAAAAAGAACUUGACUGCCACAAUAAAGACUGUACAAAAACUCAAGAAAACUAACUCAUACAAUAUUGACUUUAAAAAAACCAAAAUAUUCACAGCAAGUGUUCUUGGGAAUAAGACAACCUUUAUGAUAGAUGGGGUUUUGCAUUUUCAAGAUUAUUUAAUAACAAUUAAAGCUUGCAGAGAAAUAGAUCCCAAUGAACCAGACAAGUCCGAAGACAACAGCUGCAGCAAUACGGACAUAGCCACUGUCAGAACAAGGCAAGAUGACUUGGCAGAUAGAAUUGACAGCUCUAUAUCUUAUCAAGAGUCAAACAGUUCUGUAAUUUUAUAUUGGACUGAACCCUCAAGUCCUAAUGGCUUAGUAGUAGCUUAUGAGAUUGAACAUAUAAAUUUAGGUUCAGACAAUACCAACCCGAUAGUCACAUGUAUUACUACUACUGAGUUUGAGUAUAGUCACCGAAAGUUCUCCAUCUUAGGACUGGCUGAAGGCGCUUACAAAGUCAGAGUCCGUGCAGUCUCAUUGGCUGGCAAAGGUCAAUUCUCAGAUUAUAUUUAUUUCAAGAUUUCAAACACACCUAUUUCAGUUUUUUAUGCACUUUUUGGAGCCAUAAUUACGUCCAGUUUUUUAUUUUUCAUAGGACUUAUUUUUAUGAUCUUGAUAAAAAAGAAACGGCCCGUAUUAAUCGCUUCAGUCAAUCCAGAUUACCAUUACAUACCAGAUGAAUGGGAAAUAUCUCGAGAAAGUGUGGAACUUGUGAGUGAACUAGGUAUAGGGGCUUUUGGGAAAGUCUAUCAAGGUAUCCUGAGACCCAAAAACCUCCCGUGUGCAGUGAAGACUGUGAACGACAACGCUUCUCCAUACGACACUUUUGUAUUUUUGACCGAAGCAUCUGUGAUGAAGAAUGUUUCCAAAGCUUACCACAUCGUCCACUUGCUCGGUGUGGUCUCGGAAGGACAUCCACCGUUGGUUAUCAUGGAGUUGAUGGAGCUCGGUGAUCUUAAAACUUACCUUAGAUCGACAAGGGAUUCUAAUCCUCCCACUUAUGCUUCCAUGAUAAACAUGGCCCUUCAAAUAGCUGACGGAAUGACAUUUAUGGAAGCAAAAAAGUAUGUUCAUCGAGAUUUGGCAGCGAGGAACUGUAUGGUAAAUAAAGAUUGCGUUGUUAAAGUUGGAGAUUUUGGAAUGACUCGAGACGUUUAUGAAACAGACUACUAUAGAAAGAACAGCACAGGUCUUCUACCGAUUAGAUGGAUGGCACCCGAGAGUUUGAAAGAUGGAGUGUUUACAAGCCAAUCAGACGUGUGGAGCUUCGGAGUGGUGUUGUGGGAGAUAACGACCCUGGCAGAACAGCCGUAUCAAGGAUCCAGCAACGACCAAGUCCUACAAGAGGUGAUAGCCGGACGAAAGCUCGACACACCCAACAAGUGUCCAGAGACAUUGCGGAACAUCAUGGUGUCUUGUUGGAAAGCAAAACCCUCACAGAGGAUGAAGUUCAUGCAGAUAGUCACGUUACUUGAAUACUUCCACGAUGAGGAGUUUAAAAAAGUCUCUUACUACUACAGCCAAGAAGCUAAAGAUCUGAGAAAGUCGUCCGCUGACUACGUAGAGAUGAGGUCCAUCGAAGAUCCUCUACUUGGAUCUAGUCAAAACCAACGACCCGAGGAGCAGAACCGACCAGGUAAUGUGUCUGUGCUGUUGUCAAAGGUAAAACUCCUAGGCAGAGGAGAUAGGCUGAGCAGGAUAGAAGAGGGUUCAUCUUCUGAAUAUCAAAUCUGACUGUAAAUCAGCAUUGCCAUUCUCUAAGUGUUCCUAAUCGUAUAAAAUCUUAUCAAACAAGACUGACUUUCGCCUGCGCCUCUACAACAAUUUAACCAACUUACGUUGAAACAAAAAUGAUCCAUCUUAUAAAGUGAGAUUUUUCCUUUAAUGAAGAAUCUUCUGAAAAUAAAACCAACCACUAAUGUGUAGUAUAGAUUAUUUUUAUGGAAGGCUCUACCAAAUAUGAUUUUGACAAUUUUAAGGUCUGAGAACUGAUUUCCAUCAUAUUCACUGCUGGAAAAACUUUUGUUUUAAGUAUUAAAGAUAUCUGUGAUUUAGAUUUAGGCUGAGUUAUUAAUUAUAGAAUUUAACUUUUUGUUCUUUUCUUAAGUUUAAUACUUUAAGUUUUUCUACUGUUAUUGAUAAGAUACCGCCAAUUUUAGUGUGUGAGGAAUACAAUGGUUUUGUGAUGACGUUAAUAUCACAUAGGCGUUUCCAGGAUCUUGGAAAUGGACGUGCCAGACCUUUCAGUACUAUUUUUUUUUUUAAAGGUCUGGCUCUAAAAAGGGUGCCGUCCAUGGACACGCCUAUGUUGAUAGCUUUGUACUUAGUGCCUUAAAUGAAUCGAUAAGUGUUAUAAGCUGGCAAAAUCUGCUUUGAAAAAGCUCUAUUCAAGUUUUGUGCAUAGCCCUACAUAUUUAACAUCAUAAAGGAGUAAAAAGCUCUAUAAACUGACCAAAAAUUUGGAAAAUAUUAUUUCCAACACAUAAUUUUUUUAACAUGAAAAUAAUUGUAUAAAGAGUUCCUUUGUUAUAUAGCUGUGUGUGGAUGAUUUAUGUCGAGAAUCUGUCAAAAUAUUCAAUUUAUGUUGUUAUGUGUGAAUCUCAUAAAAAGGCUUACCUGUGCUAUUUUUUCCCCAUUCGACUUGAGAAUUUGAUUCAUUUGGGUGUAAAUUUAUAUAGAGUAUAAAAUGUAAAUACAUAUUUGUAUAAAUGACAAAAAGUUUCCUAUAUUUUCCAGAACAAAAAUUAUGACAAUUCUCUCAAUUUUUUAAAGACAACAUGAUAUGUCUGCUUGUUUUUGUUAGUUUAUUAUUUUAUUUAAAAAUUAAUAUUUGUUAAGAAAAACAGUGUUACAAGAGUAUUUGUUAUCUAUAGCGGCUUUAGCUCCAGCAUUUUUAUCUGAAAUUGUAUAGAAUUUGUAUUACUUAGCCUGUGAUUUGCGGAGUAUGUUUUAUUUAGUUUAUGUUUACAUUGGCUGAUGUUACCUAUCCUCUCAUAGUCAUCCAUUCCUUUUAUCAUGUUACAUUUGUGCCAAAGGCAUCAAUGUUUUAUAUUUGUUGUAUUUUUAUAUGUUUUAAUAAUAAAAAUACACAAUGAAGCAGUGUA